UCAACAUUGGGACCACCAGCGCAGCAUUGUUCAAAACAAAACGUCGUUGCCCAAAUAAUAAGCAUUGAUAUAAACAGGAUUAGCAAUGUGCCCUGUCAGUAGCUAUUGAACCUAGCAGCCGGUAACCCGUCAAAAUACAUGUGAACUAUGUAUCGGAUAAUAUUAUUACUUCUAUUCGUGGCUCGUGUUAAGACAGAACCUAAAACGUUUCAACGCGAGUACUAUAUCUCCAGGCAGUCAAGGGACAACGCGGCGCCGAUGCAAACAGGAUAUGUGAUGAGUCGGAUGGACGAUAAACCUCCUACAUACCAAUCUUUGGGUAAUCCUAGUGCUACGUUUGGUGAAUCAGUGAAAACACAUAGUGACAUUAUUAGUAAACACACUACCCCUAAGAGCGAUUUAGAAGAUAACUACAUGAAAUCCUUGAUAAAGUUUACCGAUAUGUCAAUAAUGCGUAAGGAUCCCUUUAAAUUUUCUAGUGUUGGAAAUAUGGCUUUUACAGCUACAGAAAGUAUUAUGCCGUUCACGAAAGCAUGGGAUAAGCAUUCGUUGAAUUAUGAAAUCGCAAAGGCAAAAUCGAAAUACGGUCUCAAUCCUUCAUUAUCGAUUAAGGCAGAAGGAGAAUUUAUGAAGGAUAGAGUGACGAAUUUAGAGCGAUACAGUGCGACAGAACCAAGUGUAGAUGUUAAGCCGAUGUACGACUUUAAUAGAGAAUUCCACAUAGACGACGAUGAUGUUAAGACUCUAUCAGGACAUACUUUGGAAUGGUGGCCAUUUUUCCUACACAGCCCAUAUGAAUAUGAGAGUAUAAAGAUGGACUCGCAAAUAGAGAAAGCUAAAGAAAAGCGAUACGCCAUAGAAUCAGCAGAAAGAGUAAUACCUGUUCACGAACAUCAGGAGGAUUAUUCGCACGAGUAUAGUCCACCUCAUUACGACAGUACAAUGACUGGUCUAAGUGAGCAGCCAGACGCAGGAGACAGUGGAUACAUUUCUUAUACUAUUAAGGACUUUGGUAGUAAUUAUGAAAGCGAUCCAUUGGAGCUCUCCUGGGGAAAUGCUUUUGACACAAAUGACGACAUACAGAACAGCGGCAAAAGAAACAGACGUCUGGACGAACACAGUCAUUUUAAUAACCAUAACAGCGGUACCAACGUUGAGGCAUCUAAUAAAGCAGCAUUAGGAGACUCAAGCACUGAGAAAACCUAUGAAAAGAAACAUGAAUUUAAUAAACAUGAAAGCGGUGAUUCUAAAAAUCACGACCACAAUACUAAUCGCGCGGUAGCCGAGAACAAUGAAUCUGCUUACAAAGACAUUGUAGAUCAAUUUGCAAAUAGAUACGGCGGUGAAGAUCAUAAAAGACAUUCCAGCUUCGUUCUAAAAAAAAAUAGUGAUAACGGUGAAAAAAGGAAAGGCUUUCGAAAAGUGUAUCAUAAGGACGAAUAUCAAGAAGAGAAUGAGUUCUUUGAUAAUACUAAGAACAGUGCUAAUGCUGAAGACAGUGGAAGUUCUAUUUCUAAUUUAGGUGGUUCAGUAGCAGCUAUACACUCCCACGUUGCAGCGGCUGCUGGAAAUAAAGCCAACGCUUUUACUGACGUUGAAAAUUCAAAGAAAAAUGCCUUUGAAAACAAUCAUAAGGGCCACGACGCGAAAAAAGGAUUAGAACGUGAUUCAAAUCGCUACAAAGACAUCUCACAAAUUAGUGCCGAUAGAGACUACACUUAUUAUUAUCCCUAAGA